GGGUCAGUUGACCGAACGAAGGAAAUCCCGAUAGUAACAAUUACAUAUAUCUUAAUUGUUCAUUCGUAUUUUGUUGAAAAUGUUCUCUCAAUGCUUAUUAUUCUUGAUUUUUUUCGGAUCGCUUUAUAUCAGUGAUUCUCUGAGUUAUGGAUAUGAUAACGACUAUGACUAUGAUACCUACUCUUACAGAUUACACGAUUUAGAAUAUCCAGAUGAAGGUAAAAGCGCUACUAGCCCUUCAACAUCAACUUCCACAACGACAACAACGACGACGACGACAACAACAACAACCCCUUCGCCGACAACAACGACAACUUCGACAACUACAACAACACAACAGCCGCCAACAACACCACUACCACAAGGAGUUAACGGAGACGAUAAUAGAAGGAUGUUUUCAAUAAUCUUAAUAUUUAUAUCGGUGGGUGUCUCUUUACUCUUUGUAUACGCUGUCGCGGCUGCUUUAACUCGGAAACACGGUGGCGCUGACAGCUUCAAUGCUCUGUGGGCGUACAUUUGGAGAACUUGCACCCGUCGUGAUACUGAUCAAGAUGAAAAAACUGCAGAAGAGGAAUGUACAACUAAGAAGGCAGAAGACGUCGUCUUGAGUUUCAACGAAACUACAGAACAAAAUGAACAAAAAUAACUUCACUUUGAUAACCCGCGAAAUUUAAACUACGUUUUUUUUUUCUAAAUCUAUUUUACAAAGGUGCGGAUUAUAUGUUAUCCUCUCCUCAAAGUUUCAAUCAAGAUUUACCAUUAACUGCGAAGUUAAUGAAGCUAUGUGUAAAUUAUUGUGACUAUUAUUUAGAAACAAAAUAAUUAAACUGAAUAAUAAAAAAAAACGGAGGAGGA